AGAGAGGGGUCGAAAGGGAGUUGCCCAAACCCAUUUGAUUUUAGCCUGCGUUAGCUCAGUAGGCUACCCAGUUUUUCCUCAGCUGGGCAGUAAAAAAAAGAAACCCGGCAUUGAAUAUACGCGGGGGAACAUUGAUCUAUCUAUUCAAAGGGGAGAUAAGACGAAGAACAAUCAAAAGGGACAGACUGUAAAGUCAAUCCGCGUGUGUGGGGAUCUAUAGACUGUUUUUCAUCGGUCAAGAGAACUCGGAACAGCACAAAGGAAGGAACUCUCCGAAAAGACCAAACAAGAUGGACUCCAGACUGCUGGUGCUGACUCUACUGGGAUUGUGUGUGUUGCAAACACACGCGCAGAUCGAGGAGAACGAGUGCGUCAAGGCCAAUGCCAAGUCGUGUGGCGAGUGUAUCCAGGUUGGGGAGAAGUGUGGAUGGUGCACGGACCCUGAUUUCCUACAAGUCGGCGAAUCUACGUCAUCCCGCUGUGACGAAGUCGCCUCCCUGCUGAAGAGGAAUUGUGACAAGAUGAGCAUUGAGAACCCGCGGGGCUCCCAGAAGGUGGUGGAGGAUAAGGGCGUGACGGACCGCAGCAAGAUGGACCCCAUGAAGAAGCUGGACCCCAGCGAGAUCACCCAGAUACAGCCUCAGAAACUCGACCUGACCCUGCGCUCCGGAGAACCCCAGAAGUUCACCCUGAAGUUCAAGCGUGCUGAGGACUACCCCAUUGACCUCUACUAUUUGAUGGACCUCAGUUGGUCCAUGAAGGACGAUCUGGAGAACGUGAAGAACUUGGGGACGGAUCUGCGGCGCGAGAUGCAGUCCAUCACCUCCGACUUCAGAAUCGGUUUCGGCUCCUUCGUGGAGAAGACCGUCAUGCCUUACAUCUCCACCACGCCCGCCAAGCUGCUCAACCCCUGCAGCACGGACCAGAACUGCACCCGGCCCUUCAGCUACAAGAACGUGCUGAAACUGACGUCGGACGGCUCGCAGUUCAACACGCUAGUCAGUCAGCAGCAGAUAUCUGGCAACCUGGACUCGCCCGAGGGAGGAUUCGACGCCAUCAUGCAGGUCGCCGUGUGUGGGGACCAGAUCGGUUGGCGUAACAACACCCGUCUGCUUGUCUUCUCUACUGACGCCGGAUUCCACUUCGCCGGCGACGGUAAACUGGGCGGCAUCGUCCUCCCCAACGACGGCAAAUGCCACAUGGAGAACAACAUGUACACCAUGAGCCACUACUACGACUACCCAUCCAUUGCCCACCUGGUGCAGAAGCUGAGUGAGAACAACAUUCAGACCAUUUUCGCCGUCACCAACGAGUUCCAGCCCGUCUACAAGGAGCUGCAGAACCUGAUUCCCAAGUCGGCCGUGGGAACCCUCUCCUCCAACUCCUCCAACGUCAUCAAGCUCAUUAUCGACGCCUACAACGCCCUGUCUUCCGAGGUGGUCCUGGAGAACAGUAAGCUUCCUGAAGGAGUCUCCAUCUCCUACGUCUCCCACUGCAAGAACGGCGUGAGCAAGACCGGCGACGACGGACGCAAGUGCUUCAACAUCUCCAUCGGCGACGAGGUGACAUUCGACGUGGCCAUCACGGCAAAGGGCUGCCCCUCCAACAAGCGGGAGACCAUCAAGAUCAAGAUCCAGGGCUUCACGGAGGAGGUGGAGGUCAACCUGGCCUUCCACUGCGAGUGCGAGUGCCACGGGGAGGGCAUCCCCAACUCCCCGCAGUGCUCCGAGGGCAACGGCACCUUCGAAUGCGGUGCCUGUCGUUGUAACGACGGCCGCAUCGGGCAGAUGUGCGAGUGUUCCACUGACGAGGUGCGCACCGAGGAUCUGGAUGCCAACUGCAGAGCGGACAACACCACCGCCGACAUCUGCUCCAACAACGGAGACUGUGUCUGUGGCACCUGCGAAUGCAAGAAGAGGGAGAACCCGGAGGAGAGGUACAGCGGCACAUACUGCGAGUGUGACAACUUCAACUGCGACCGGUCCAACAAUAAGCUCUGUGGAGGACACGGUCGUUGCGAGUGCCGCGUCUGCAUCUGCGACGCCAACUACACGGGCUCUGCGUGCGACUGCUCCAUGGACACCUCCACCUGCAUGGCCAGGAACAAGCAGAUCUGCAACGGGCGCGGCACCUGCGAGUGCGGCGUCUGCAAGUGCACGGACCCCAAGUUCCAGGGCGCCACCUGCGAGGUGUGCCCCACCUGCCCUGGCGUGUGUCCCGAGCACAAGGACUGUGUCCAGUGUCGUGCGUUUGGCACGGGCGAUAAGAAGGAGACGUGUCAGCAGGAGUGCAUGUACUUCCACCUGGAGAUGGUGAAGAGUCGCGACGAGCUGCCGCAGCCGGGCGCCGAGCCCUUCAUCUCCCACUGCAAGGAGCGCGACGCCAACGACUGCUGGUUCUACUACACCUACGCCGUCAAGAACGACACCACCAAGGUGGUGCACGUGGUCGAAGUCACCGAGUGUCCUGAUGGUCCUGACAUCACCCCCAUCGUGGCGGGCGUGGUGGCCGGCAUCGUCCUGAUUGGCUUAGCCCUCCUGCUCAUCUGGAAGCUGCUCACCAUCAUCCACGACCGCCGCGAGUUCGCCAAGUUCGAGAAGGAGAAGAUGAACGCCAAGUGGGACACGGGUGAGAACCCCAUCUACAAGAGUGCUGUCACCACUGUCGUCAACCCCAAAUACGAGGGCAAAUGAUGGGUUGGUCAACCACAAGUCACCACGGCAACUAAGCAAGAAAACAAACCCUGAUGGGUUGGUCAACCACAAGUCAUGACAACCACCCAACAAUAAACAACAAAACGACAAAAAAAAAAAAAUGAUGACUAUGACAAAACACUGUAAUUUACCCAAAACGGAAGUCGAAUGCAAACUCCCCUCCCAAACAACAACAACAGAACGGCCUUGUCCUCCUCCCAAAAUGCUGUAGUUGGCGUUAGCUUGUAGUUGGUGGCAGUGCCAACCUGGACCCCGUUUCUCGAAAGUAUCGUUGUUUUCCAGUUAACAACUUACUAGGUUUCUGAUGGGAAAUUGCAUCCCAAUCAAGUAACUUGGUUAGCAAGGAUGUUGUUGAGAACUGCUAGCAAUGGUACAUUCGAGAAACAGGGGCCUGAUCAACGUUAGCCAUCUGUUGAAUUUGGGAGGCAUGACUUAAGGCAUUAUUGGCCGGUUAAUUGAGGUGGGGGUAUUUUAGAUUUUGCGGGGGCGAGGGAGGGUGUCAGGGAAUUUUAUAAAGAGUUAUCGAUUUCAUCAAUUGAUUGACUGAAUAUCAAUUGAUUCAGAGUUAUCAGUUUUUAAGAAAAGUUAUCGUUGCCUUCUUUUUUCACAUUGUGUUUUUUAUAUCAAUUUGAUUGCUGUUUUAUUCACCACAAUUGCCUUCUGUUUGUUUUUGUUUAUUUUAAAAUGGACGCCUUACAUUUUUGUGCCACUAUUUGUUGUGUUUUGUAUCGUUUAUUUUUUUUAAUUGUGAUUAUUUGUGUUUCAAUUGGUCAGCGUUACUAAUCUUUUAUACAUCAGAUAUUGGUGACUUUUUGUGAAGCAAAGACAAAAUGUUUUUGUCAAACAUUUCAGAUUCUAUAAAGGAGUAAAAACCCUGAAGACGACAAAACAUUUCAGAUUCAAAAUAUUGUAAUGAAUUUAGUUGCAUCUACUGGUUAAUGGGAAACGUUAGUCAAUGCAAAAAAAUGGGGAAAAAUCAUACUGCCAUUUGAAACGAUGUCCUUUAAAAAACAUAAUAGGCAUUUUCACGUUUUUGGAAUUGAAAAAAAUUACAAAGUAGCAAAUCAAAUGCGUUCAUUACGAAAAAAGAAAAGAAAAAACGUACUCAAAACAAUCAUGUCAUUAGAUGUCAAAUUGGACAAUAUUGGAAACCGAAUAUAUUAUGUUAAACUGAAACUGAAUUUUUCUAUUUUACAUUAUUUUGUUUUAAUUAGUCAUUUGUGUACAUAUACAGGUAUUGUAUGUAUAAACUGAAGCUUUUCACUUUUUUUUAAGAAAA